GCUGUUUUCUGUCGCUGGGCGCCAGCCGCUGCCGAGGCCUGACUGACUGGGCGCCGACGGCGGGUGGGUCGCUGCGGGCUGGGCGCCGCGCGGGCUGGUGGGCAGCGUACCUUCGUCCUCCUCACCCUCCUCGGACAUGGUGGCCCCCGGCUCGCUGAGCAGCCGGCUGGGCGCGGUGUUCCCCUUCCUGCUAGUCCUGGUGGACCUACAGUAUGAAGGUGCUGAAUGUGGAAUAAAUGCAGAUGUUGAGAAACAUCUCGAGUUGGGAAAGAAAUUGCUUGCAGCUGGACAGCUAGCUGAUGCUUUGUCUCAGUUUCAUGCUGCAGUAGAUGGUGACCCUGAUAAUUAUAUUGCAUACUAUCGGAGAGCUACUGUCUUCUUAGCUAUGGGAAAAUCAAAAGCAGCACUACCUGAUUUAACUAAAGUAAUUGAAUUGAAGAUGGAUUUCACUGCAGCAAGAUUACAGAGAGGUCACUUAUUACUCAAACAAGGAAAACUUGAUGAGGCAGAAGAUGAUUUUAAAAAAGUGCUCAAGUCUAAUCCAAGUGAAAAUGAAGAAAAGGAAGCCCAGUCUCAACUUCUAAAAUCUGAUGAGAUGCAACGUCUCCGCUCACAAGCCCUUAAUGCUUUCGAAAGUGCAGAUUAUACUGCUGCUAUAACCUUCCUUGAUAAGAUUUUAGAGGUUUGUGUUUGGGAUGCAGAAUUACGUGAACUUCGAGCUGAAUGUUUCAUAAAAGAAGGGGAACCUAGGAAAGCUAUAAAUGACUUAAAGGCUGCAUCAAAGUUGAAGAAUGAUAAUACUGAGGCGUUUUAUAAGAUCAGCACACUGUACUAUCAACUAGGAGACCAUGAACUCUCUCUCAGUGAAGUUCGUGAGUGUCUUAAACUUGAUCAGGAUCACAAAAGGUGUUUUGCGCACUAUAAACAAGUGAAGAAACUUAAUAAGCUGAUUGAGUCAGCUGAAGAGCUGAUCAGAGAUGGCAGAUACACAGAUGCAACCAGCAAAUAUGAAUCUGUCAUGAAAACAGAGCCUGGUGUUGCUGAAUAUACAAUUCGUUCCAAAGAAAGGAUUUGUCACUGCUUUUCUAAGGAUGAGAAGCCUGUUGAAGCAAUUAGAAUAUGUUCUGAAGUUUUACAGAUGGAACCUGACAAUGUGAAUGCCCUGAAAGAUCGAGCAGAGGCCUAUUUAAUAGAAGAAAUGUAUGAUGAAGCCAUUCAGGAUUAUGAAGCUGCUCAGGAACACAAUGAAAAUGAUCAGCAGAUUCGAGAAGGUCUAGAGAAAGCACAGAGGUUACUGAAACAGUCCCAGAAACGAGACUAUUAUAAGAUCUUGGGAGUAAAAAGAAAUGCUAAAAAGCAAGAAAUCAUUAAAGCAUACCGAAAAUUAGCACUUCAGUGGCAUCCAGAUAAUUUCCAGAAUGAAGAAGAAAAGAAAAAAGCUGAGAAGAAGUUCAUUGAUAUAGCUGCUGCUAAAGAAGUCCUCUCUGACCCAGAAAUGAGAAAGAAGUUUGAUGAUGGAGAAGAUCCCCUUGAUGCAGAGAGCCAACAAGGAGGUGGUGGCAACCCAUUCCACAGAAGUUGGAACUCAUGGCAAGGGUUCAAUCCCUUCAGCUCAGGCGGACCAUUUAGAUUUAAAUUCCACUUCAAUUAAACCAACUGUUUUACUGCUCCUCUUCUUUUUUUUGUUUUAUAAACCUUUAAAACAAAAAAUUUGUUCUGGGAUCCUAAUGGAAAAAAAUAUUCAAAUCUUUUUGUUUGCCCAUGACCAAAGAGUUGUUUGAAUAAGAAGAAAAACUUUUCUUAUUUUAGACUUAAGAUUGAUGGGUCUGCAAAGGUAGGGAGCAAGGAACUGUUCUGUUUCUCACAAAGAACCCUAUAAUCAUUUCACAGCUAUCUGGAAGAAGUUGUCUGAUGUGUUUAGCCUAUAGAAGUGUUCAUAUAUCGCCUGUAUUUUUUAUUUUUUAAAUAACCCUGGAUUAACAUAGAGGUUCUUCUCUCCACAGCUUUGCAUAGUACCUAUAAGGAGGAGUGGUAAUCUUCAUGAGAAUGGUUUAUGUCUCAGUAUUCUUAAAGAGAAUAUGAACAGUUGAACUUAAUUUUCUUAGGGACAACUAUGCUUAGAUUUUGGUCAGUCCAGUCACUUGCAAGUGUUUAUUCCUGUACCAGUGUCAACACAGCUAUCACUGAAGGUUUUAGGAAACUUACCAUGGUAGAUGGUAUGUCCAGGUAUAGACUGGCUUGAUGUUAAGCAUAUACCAAUUUAACUUGAAUUUAAUUAUAAAAACUUAGAGGGCCUUCCUUUAAAUGUUAAACUUAAAAGCAGUUAAAGUUUGUGAAUGAAGUUCAGAUAAUAUCAGUGGUAUUUGAAAUAAUAUUACUGAAUGUCAAUUUGAAAUACUUUUUUUUUCUUUUUUUGUCUUUUUGAGACAGGGUCUCCUUGUAGCACCAGCUGUCCUGGAACUCACUAUGUAGACUAGGCUGGCCUCGAACUCACAAAGAUCCACCUGCCUCUGCCCCCCAAGUGCUGGGACUAAAGGCAUGCGCCACAACGCCCGGCUUGAAAUACUUUUUAAACAACUGAAGUUCCAAGUUUUUUAAUAGGCAUUUCCUGAACAAAACUGGCUUAGAAAUGAGGUUGCUCUAUCAGCAUCAGCAAACACAGAACACCACAAUUCCCACUUUUAAAUAGUACAGGAAAGCAGCCUCUUUUUCUCUUACAUCUGGUCUGUCUUAGCUGUGCUGUUUUCUGAUAUAUUGGACAGCAGAUCUGCCUCAUUGGGCCUGGAUCCUCCUGCUUAGAAGAAAGUACAGGCCUGCAAAUCCACUGAGCUCUGGCUAUGCACCCACUGUCAUUUCAUUUAAUAAGAUGGUGUUUUCUCCUGAGAUAUCCUUUUGUUUUUUAAAAGAUAACUAUUUAAGAAUCGUACUAUUCAAUAUUUGUAUACUGGAUAAUUUUUGCUUUAAAAAUGUGUUACUAAAUCAAGAUGGUUGAAUAUUUGUGGAACUACUGAUGCUACAUUGAAAAUCUAAAAGAAUUACUCUCGUAAGAAUUAUUACCUUUAUUCUAGAAAGGUUUUUGGUUUUGUCUUAACAUUUUAAGCAUAAAGCAUCUAAUAUAUUGCUUUUAUGAAGUAAAGCAUUUUAAAUUCAUUAUGGGAGGUAUCUUGACUGUGAAUAUAGCAGCCAAGCACAAAUUAUUUUCUUAACCUACAGUCAUAUCCUUAAAAAAACACAGAAAAAGGUUUUUUUUUAUGAGGUCACAAGUCACAUAGGUGAGUUGAGCAAAACAUUUAAAAGUGCUUUUUGCCUCUACUUAGGAGCUAUUUCUUAUCAAUAAACUUAACAAUAUAUUUAAAAAACUAUUGAAUAUCUUUCAGCUUUCAUUUUGCUUCAGUGUCUCAAAAUUCAAGUCAGUGUGAAUCUAAUUUGCAAGAUAAAUUCAUUUUUAUGUUUUUAAAUCUUAGUAAUCUCAUUUCUUCACUACUUACGAAACAGUUGUGUUUCAAUCUGGUCACUGUGACAUUUUUUGAAAUACAGUGAUAGUCUCUGUGUACUUUCAAAAGCUAGAGUUUUACUGUCAUAACAAAGGAAACAUUAUUAAGUUGCUUGCCCUUCCUUUUGGAGUAGGUGGAAAGUUGCCAAUAACAUGAAGCAAGGGGCAUUUUGAGAUGGUUGAAUGCUGGGCUGCAUAGAAUGUGUGUCCCAGAUCUAGCUGCCUCCUAAUUUGCUUCCUAGAGAUUGUUGCAUUUUCCUCCUUACUUGUAACAAUCAAAGUAACUGAGGCCUUAGUGUAGUCUUGCUAACCAAAAUGUGUAGUUAUUUGUGUUCAGUGGAGUGAAAUGACAAACUUUGGUGCCAAUGCCAUGGAGAAAAACACAGUUGGAUCUGUUUUGCAGAUUAGUGAAAUAGGAGUUCCAUUCUGGAUGGCCAUCAGCAGUCCUCUGGUGUCUACACUAAUAAGUAUUAUCCUUAAACAGCACUGGAAAGUCCUGGUUGAGUAAAAGGUCAGAAUAAUUCUUCCCCUGACCUGCCUGACAUAGUAUAUCAUGCAGUAUAAAAAGCAUUUUCUUUUUUUGCACUUCCAGUUUCUGUUUUUAGGGACUACAGGUAGCAAGUAACCUUUGUGA